CCUAGUUACUGUGUUUACUAAUAACUUUUUCAGUCUUAAGAUUUUUUUUUUUCUUCUUUUUUGGUAUGUUUUUUUAAAAACAUUCAAAUUAAUUGAAAUCAAUACAUCAUUUAUAAAUAUUCUCUUCAUUGUUAAAGGCAGGAGAAUUCAAACCAGGAUAUAAUUCAUUAACAUUCAUUCUUUGGAAAUGAGUGUUACAUUACUGCAGUUUAAAUGUCUUGAAUUUGUGUAAAUUAUUGUAAUGUUCAUUAAUACAUUGUAUGUGCUGACAAUUCUGCUGUAAUGCUCAACAUGUGCCAACCUGCAGCAUUAAUAUGAGACUGUACAGAAGCUCUGUGUCAUAUAUUUAAUAAUCACCCCAGCACAGUACAAUGGAAUUAAUCAUAUAGCCUACCUAAUCAUAUUAAAUAAAACAACAAUUUUAUACUCUAUUUACUGAUUACUGUUUAUUCUACUGCUUUUGUUUUUGUUUAAUUUCACAAAAGACCAUUCUUUCACAUAAACACGUGAAAUAUAUAAACGAACAAAAAUGUUGCUUGCGUUACGUCCUUGAUUUUCAUAGCGAGACGUAUUGCGUCAUCGGAGCGCAGCAGUACGAGCGCCUCUGAUUGGCUGUUGUUGGCGGUGACCUGGCAACCGAGUCAAGGGUUUACAGACGCUUAUUUAUUCUGCAGGAUCUUCAGAGAGCGCAGAUCGUGUCUUUUUAUUGACAACCUGUGAUUGCCUACCGAUACUAGCUGCUCUUCAUCCAUCUCCAGAGAGGAUGUCGACGCGAACCCUGCCUCUGCUCUUCAUUAAUCUGGGUGGAGAAAUGCUCUACAUCCUGGAUCAGCGCCUGCGGGCUCAGAAUAUCCCAGCAGAUAAAGCCAAGAAAGUAACCACUGUAGCAGAUUGGCUAGAGGAGGACAGAAAAAGAGUUAUGAAUGAUAUCAUUACCACCAUGUUCAAUAAGAAGUUCCUGGAGGAGCUGUUCAAACCACAGGAGCUGUACUCCAAGAAAGCCCUGAGGACAGUGUUCGACCGACUGGCUCACGCCUCCAUCAUGAGACUCAACCAAGCUAGUAUGGACAAGCUCUAUGACUUGAUGACCAUGGCAUUCAAGUAUCAAGUCCUGCUGUGUCCUCGCCCUAAAGACAUCCUCCUUGUGUCCUUUAACCACAUGGAUGCCAUCAGGGACUUUGUGAAAGACACUCCCAGCAUCCUCAGCCAAGUGGAUGAAACAAACAAGCAACUUGUAGAGAUCUAUACACCUUUAUCUGGUGGAGAGUUUCAACUAAUUAGACAGACACUCCUCAUCUUCUUUCAAGAUAUGCAUAUAAGAGUAUCAAUUUUUCUGAAAGACAAAGUACAAAACUCCAAUGGGCGCUUCGUUCUCCCCACAUCAGGCCCUGUUCCGUAUGGGACGCACACCCCAGGACUCAUAAGAAUGUUUAGCUGUAGUGGUGAGGAGGUGAGAAGGAUGCAGUUCCGUGACGGUGGCAAUUACUGCGGCGCUCUCCGUGAGGGUUCUUUUGAAAUGUAUGGUGAUCGAGUCAUCAAACUGGGCACAAACAUGUACAGUGUGAGCCGCCCUGUUGAGACACACAUGUCUGGAACCUCCAAAAACUCCUCCCAGCACACCAAGGUCAACACAACUCCGAAUCCUUUGGCAAAAGAAGAGCUGAACCUGCUUGCUAGACUGAUGGGAGGUCUGGAGGUGCAGAAGUCAGCUAACACUGACUCUGGCUUCCGUGUGAACCUUUUUUCCACUGAUGAGGAGGAAGAGGAAGCUUUGAUAUCAAGACCGGAUGAGCUUUCCUAUGAUGUUAUUAAUAUCCAGGCAACAAAGGACAAACAGACCAAUGCAGAGCUGGCUAAGAUCAUGGGGGAGUUUGGCGAGACGGGAGAACCCGCCCCCAGCUCCAGCUCCAGCAGCAAGGGCGACGACCUCCUGGCCAUGAUGGAUGAACUGUGACUUAAACUUGAUGUUCCCUUUGACUGAGCAGAGUGACUGAGCUGUUAAGCAGGAUAAAGUGCUACAAUGUCUUACUCAGCAAAGAGGCCUUUUUGUGUGGAGCUACAGUGACAACCGUAUAUAUUUAGAAUGACAGCAAAGCUCAACAAGAAAGUCUCUCUUUGAGAAUUUCACACAAUUGUUGUCUUCUGCCUCUCAGCGAAUGUGAGAAAUGCAAAUAGCAGGUGUAGAAAUGUAAUAUGCAUCUUGCUGUGGGACCAUAUUCACCAUAUUCUCAUAUUCGUUCUGUCAAGUUACUAUUGACCUACUGAGGUGGCACAGGCCAUAUCAUCACGUAUUUCAGCGAAUGGUUUGAUAUCAGGCUUCACAGAGACGUCUGUGAAGCUCGGAUGUCAAAGACACUUCUGUGACAUUUAGAUCAGUGGACAGAAUAAAAUGCCUUUUCUGGACUGUCUUAGCUGUCUUAGAGGACAAUCCGUGCACAUGGAAUUCAUUUAAAUCUGUCUGAUGUGCAACCUGGAGGUGCAGGAUAUGCAUCCACACAACAAGCGCUGAUUAAGACAGGGUAAUGGAGGAAACCGAAGUGCACUUGUAGUAAAUAUUUAGUGCAGAUCCCAAAACUGGUUUACAGGACAAUUGAUGUGUGUGUGUUUUUGGCUUUAUUUAAAGGGGGUGCAACUAAGUCAGUUAUUUCAAGCUCAAGAAUUUAAAUGUCUUGUUGUUAAAAUGUGCAGUUGUUGCAUUAUGUAAAGGGACAAUGUGUACAUGAAACCACCUUCCAUGGAAAGAAAGCAAUGCAAUAUGUAUGGUGGAUGAAAUUGUUUAUUUUUCAUAACCAUGAUAGAGCUUAUUUAUUGAGGUUAAUGUACUGAAUGUUCAUUUGUGUCUGUUUAUGGUUAUAUUAAAAUAGAUUAUAUUGGA